ACCGUCGUCUCACCAAACGGUACGGCGGGACGACGGUCUCGCCUUUGGCAAAUGGCGAGAUGGCCGUCCCGCCAAUCGGAACGGCGGUAACGAUUUGUCCAAUGACGAGAAGGCCGUCUCGCCAAACGGGAAGGCGGUCUCGCCACGACAAGUGGUGAGACGGCCGUCUCACCAAAUGAGACGACUGUCUCGCUCUUGCCGAUGGCGAGACAGUGGUCUCGACCCUUCAGGUGAAAUUCCUUAUUUUUUUCCGUACAAAAAGCCUUCCUACUCUAAUAUGGGGCCUAAUAGUCUAUCCUAA